UGGUACAUUACCCACUUUGAUAAUAAUUUUGGCUGGCUGGGUUGGGUAAAUGGUGUAAGAAGUGGAAAAUCUUUUGGAAGCCCAGAAGACACAAGUAUCCAAAAUAGGAAAAGAUGUGGAGUGGGUGUGGGGCCAUGAUUGCCUGAGCUACAGACUGGAGGCUGAAGCACUGCAGAGGCACAGAGACUGAGAGUGCACCGGUGACUCCUUUUGCAGUGCACAUCACUACUGCUAGUGCUGGCAGCAUUCUCUUCCUUGGAGGGAUUUGGUAAACAAUUACCAUGCAUUCUUCUCUAUCUUCCAUCUCUCUUCGCAUUUUCUCUCUUGAGAAAUCUUGAAAAGAAAAGUACCAGCACCACUUUCCUUGUUUCUUGCCCACCAAGCACAAAAGGAAAUGGAGAGUGAUGAUAUUUGCAUGGAUGUGCUUUCUCGAUUGCCUACCAAGACUUUGCUUGGCUUGAAGUGUGUCUGUAAGAGGUGGCGCCGCAUUAUCUCUGACCGCUCUUUCAUUCAAGAUCUGUUACAAAGACCAGAACCACUCGCAGGGUUCUUCUUCCAAGAGAGGUACCAAUGGUGUGAUGAAGAUAUCAGCACUAUUAGCUAUAUUCCAGCCACAAUGGAAGGUACCCAAGUGCAGCAAACCAUCUUUAGUUUCCUCCCUGAGGAUGUUGUCAUCUUGGGAUCGUGCAAUGGCUUGGUUUGUUGUCGGAGUGUCUUCCCUUCCCCAGAUCCCUCCAUCUUUGUAUGCAACCCCUCCAACAAGCAAUGGAUCAGACUGCUAGAAACUACUCCUGACAAAGAAAGCAGUUACGGUUUGGCAUUCAAUCCAUUUCAAAGUCCUAUAGACAUGCCUACAAAUUUCAAAGUGGUCAGGGUUAGUCAAGCCCAAACUGAUAUGGAUGAUGAUUCAUACUUCUCAUUUGAAAUAUACUCUUCACAAGCAGGGGCAUGGAAGAAAUCGAAGGAGAUCUGCCAGUGCAACCACAAUUUAUUCAAGAACAAAGGCAUUUUUGUUGGAGGGAUCUUGCAUUGGCUGACUGAUGGUGACCAAGUCCUUUCAUUUAACAUAGAAAAUGAGUUAUCAUGGUUGAUUUCAGCACCAUUCCCCACUAUACACUUAACUGCCAUCCCUGAGAUGUGCAUUGGAGAGUCUAGAGGUCGAUUGCAUUACAUCAUGAUCUCUGAAGAUGGACUUCAAGUAUGGGCUCUCGAGGAUUAUUACGAUUCAAAUUGGUCACUUGUCCACUCAACAACUCUAGAGGUGAUGGAGGAAGAAAACUCACAGUUGCUCUACAAUACUCGUGAUAGAGUGGCACAAAGGAUUAGCAUUGAUUCAAUCCCAUGGAUGGAUCCUUUGGCCUUUAAGGAUGGUCUUUUACUGAUGAGGGUAUCGACAAAGAUAAUCUUGUACUGCAUCGGGACGAGGAAGAUGGAGGAACUGUGUAACCUUUCCAAGCUGGGGAGAAACUCCAUCUUUGGCCCUUUGGUGAUUCCAUACUCUUUGAACUUGGCUCCGCUGAGUCAGACAUAGCUGGUCUAUGCCCUUCUCUUAAUUUUGCUGUGCUGGUUUUUGUGUACAGAGGAGGCUUCUAUAUGCCCAUUUUUUGCUUGGCAUGCAAAGAAAUAUAUAACAUAAAAAAAUGAAAGUAAAGAAUCUGUUGUGAUCUGAGAUUAGUUAUCAAGAACAUUGACUGAACUUGGAUCAAGACGUAUCUUUCCUUUGAGUUCUGACACUACAUAUUGAUUUGUAUCUUUGUGUUUCUAAACCAUCAGGGUGUUGGCUUCCA